AUUGUUUUGCCUCCCCACUUGGAAAGGAUUAGAGAAAAAUUAGCAGAAAACAUCCAUGAACUUUGGGUUAUGAACAAGAUUGAACUUGGGUGGCAGUAUGGACCAGUUAGAGAUGACAACAAAAGACAACACCCAUGCUUAGUGGAGUUCUCAAAAUUGCCGGAACAGGAAAGAAAUUACAACUUGCAAAUGUCACUUGAAACGCUGAAAACCCUGCUGGCACUAGGCUGCCAUGUUGGAAUUGCUGAUGAACAUGCUGAAGAAAAGGUGAAAAAAAUGAAACUUCCAAAGAACUACCAGUUGUUGAGUGGAUAUAAGCCAGCUCCCAUGGAUCUGAGUUUCAUUAAGCUGACCCCCUCUCAAGAGGCUAUGGUGGAUAAACUGGCAGAGAACGCACACAAUGUGUGGGCACGGGACCGUAUCAGGCAAGGCUGGACAUACGGUAUCCAGCAGGAUGUGAAAAAUCGACGAAAUCCUCGCCUUGUACCUUAUGCACUUUUGGAUGAUAGGACAAAAAAGUCAAACAAAGACAGCCUUAGGGAAGCAGUUCGCACCCUGCUAGGCUAUGGUUACAACUUGGAAGCUCCUGAUCAAGAUCACGCAAUGAGACUGGAUGUGUGCAGUGGGCUAAUGGAAAAAUUCAGGAUCUUCCGCACAGAAAAGACAUAUGCAGUGAGGGCGGGGAAGUGGUACUUUGAGUUCGAGGCAGUCACUGCAGGAGACAUGAGAGUUGGCUGGACCCGGCCAGGCUGUCUGCCAGAUCAGGAGCUUGGCUCAGAUGAAGAAGCUUUUGUUUUUGAUGGCUUUAAGGCACAGCGGUGGCAUCAAGGUAAUGAGCAUUUUGGCCGCUCUUGGUCAGCAGGAGAUGUUGUUGGAUGCAUGGUUGACAUGAAUGAGCACACCAUGAUGUUCACCUUAAAUGGUGAAAUCCUGCUUGAUGACUCAGGUUCUGAACUUGCAUUCAAGGACUUUGAGGUUGGUGAUGGAUUUCUACCUGUGUGCAGCCUGGGCCCAUCUCAAGUGGGAAGAAUGAACUUUGGAAAAGAUGUCAGCACCCUAAAAUAUUUCACUAUCUGUGGCUUACAGGAAGGGUAUGAACCCUUUGCUGUUAAUACCAACAGAGACAUCACCAUUUGGCUGAGUAAAAGGCUCCCUCAGUUUCUACCAGUGCCGCAAAAUCAUGACCAUAUUGAGGUGAUGAGGAUUGAUGGUACCAUAGACAGCUGCCCCUGCCUGAAGGUCACGCAAAAGUCCUUUGGUUCGCAGAACAGUAAAACAGACGUGAUGUUUUUUCGGUUAAGCAUGCCCAUUGAAUGUGCAGAGGUGUUCUCCAGAUCAGCUGCAGGAGGGUUACCAGGCUCUGGUCUUUUUGGCCCCAAGAAUGACUUGGAGGAUUAUGAUGCUGAUUCUGAUUUUGAGGUUCUAAUGAAAACUGCUCACGGUCAUCUCGUCCCCGACCGGACAGAAAAAGAAAAAGAUGCCACAAAACCAGAGUUAAACAACCAUAAAGAUUAUGUUCAAGAAAAGCCUUCACGUCUUAAACAAAGGUUUAUGCUCAGGAGGACAAAGCCAGAUUAUAGCAUGAGUCACUCUGCACGGCUUACUGAGGAUGUGCUAGCAGAUGAUAGGGAUGACUAUGAUUAUUUGAUGCAAACUUCCACGUACUAUUAUUCAGUGAGGAUAUUUCCUGGUCAAGAGCCUGCUAACGUCUGGGUGGGGUGGAUUACAUCUGACUUUCACCAGUAUGACACAAGCUUUGACUUGGACCGAGUGCGUACGGUCACAGUUACACUGGGAGAUGAAAAAGGGAAGGUUCAUGAGAGUAUAAAACGCAGCAACUGCUAUAUGGUGUGCGCAGGAGAGAGCAUGAGCCCUGGGCAAGGACGUAAUAACAACGGCCUGGAGAUUGGUUGCUUGGUUGAUGCCGCAAGUGGCCUGCUGACCUUCACAGCUAACGGCAAGGAGCUGGGCACGUACUACCAGGUUGAACCGAGUACAAAGUUAUUUCCUGCUGUAUUUGCUCAAGCUACAAGCCCCAAUGUUUUCCAGUUUGAAUUGGGAAGAAUAAAGAAUGUAAUGCCAUUGUCUGCUGGCUUGUUCAAAAGUGAACACAAAAACCCGGUCUCUCAGUGUCCUCCGCGCCUCCAUGUCCAAUUUCUGACCCAUGUGCUUUGGAGUAGAGUGCCAAAUCACUUCCUGAAGGUUGAUGUCUCGCGGAUCAGUGAGCGUCAAGGCUGGAUGAUACAGUGCCUGAAUCCUUUGCAGUUCAUGGCCCUUCAUAUCCCUGAAGAAAACAGAACAAUUGAUAUUUUGGAGCUGACAGAACAAGAAGAAUUGCUGAAAUUUCACUACCAUACCCUCCGGUUGUAUUCAGCUGUUUGUGCUUUAGGCAACAACCGUGUUGCCCAUGCUAUGUGUAGCCACGUGGAUGAAUCUCAGCUCCUGUAUGCUAUUGAGAAUAAAUAUAUGCCAGGAUUGUUACGUGCAGGAUAUUAUGACUUACUCAUUGACAUCCAUCUCAACACCUAUGCAACUGCCAGGUUAAUGAUGAAUAAUGAAUUUAUAGUUCCAAUGACAGAUGAGACCAAGAGCAUUACUUUGUUUCCUGAUGAAAACAAAAAGCAUGGCCUCCCUGGUAUAGGACUUAGCACUUCAUUAAGGCCAAGAAUGCAGUUUUCCUUGCCAAGUUUUGUAAGCAUUAGCAGUGAAUGCUUUCAGUUCAGUCCUGAAUUCCCACUGGAGGUCUUAAAGGCAAAAACCAUAGAGAUGCUGACUGAAGCUGUUCAGGAGGGCAGCCUCCAUGUCAGAGAUCCAGUUGGAGGUUCCACUGAGUUUCUCUUUGUUCCUCUCAUCAAGCUCUUUUAUACCCUCCUAAUAAUGGGGAUAUUUCACAAUGGGGAUCUGAAACACAUCUUGCAGUUGAUUGAGCCCCGGGUUUUCAAAGAAGCAGUGAGCCAGGAGGAUGAAAAAUAUUUCUCAGAGAAGGAGUUGAGUUCAGAUGUGCUGAAGGCAGAAGAAGGAGAGGAAGAAACCAGAGGGGAGCAAGUACCAAAGGAAGGACUCCUCCAGAUGAAGCUUCCAGAACCUGUCAAAUUACAGAUGUGUCAUCUACUGCAGUACCUGUGUGAUUGCCAGGUACGACACCGAAUAGAAGCCAUUGUGGCAUUUUCGGAUGAUUUUGUGGCCAAACUUCAAGAGAAUCAGCGCUUCCGGUACAAUGAAGUGAUGCAGGCCUUGAACAUGUCUGCUGCCCUGACGGCUAGAAAAACAAAAGAAUUUCGGUCUCCACCUCAGGAGCAGAUUAACAUGCUACUGAACUUUAAAGAUGAUAAAAAUGAUUGUCCUUGCCCUGAAGAAAUUCGUGAUCAACUCUUGGAUUUCCAUGAAGACCUAAUGACACACUGUGGAAUCGAACUAGAUGAAGAUGGAACCUUGGAUGGAAACAGUGAUUUAACCAUUCGGGGGCGCCUCCUAUACCUUAUGGAAAAAGUUACAUAUCUGAAGAAGAAGCAAGCUGAGAAGCCACUUGAUGAUGAUGCUAAGACAUCCU